CGGGGGAAGUGCAACAAUGGGGCGUUUUAGUGAGCAGUUCGACCAAUCGGCUUGUGUUGUUUUGUUUUCCCCAAAGUUUUAAGUAACCUUCGUGCUUUUAUGUUUGUUUUGCUUUCCGUUCAACCUUUAAACUUUUUUAGUGUGGGCUUUGAGCUUGAAGGAUAAUUUUCUUGGAACGUAUUUUACUGCGACUGCAGAGAUUCAGGGUGACAGACAAAGCAGUAGCUGCUAAGAUGUGUUACAAGUGGGAAGAGUCCGUACAUUUCCCAAUAUUAUAAUUAAAAGGCACUCGUCGGCGUACAACUUGCAGAAAGGCCCAACUGUGACUGAAAAGAGGAUCGCAUCGUCUUUCGGAUGUUCUGCAGCAGACCAGCUCGACCGUUGACGAUUUGGACCCGCAACGUUUUUUCCCUUCAGAAGCCCAGUGUGCAAGCGAUGACCCUGCGCGGUAUUGUGGACUCGAAAUCACAGAGGGGUGGAAAGCUUCAAGGCAAGGUGGCUGUGGUCACUGCAUCCACAGAAGGAAUCGGUUUUGCAGCCGCUCAUAGCCUGGCUCAGGAAGGAGCAUCAGUAGUCCUCAGCAGCCGCCGUAGAGAGAAUGUGGAGCGUGCUGUAGCUGAACUACGCCGUGAGAAUCUCAGUGUCACUGGCACCACUUGCCAUGUUGGCAAAAGUGAGGACAGGGAGAGACUUGUCAGCAUGGCGGUGAAAGAGUAUGGUGGAAUUGAUAUUUUGGUCACAAAUGCAGCGGUCAAUCCAUUUUUCGGUAAUAUUCUGGACUCCACUGAGGCAGAGUGGGACAAGAUCUUGGAUGUCAAUGUCAAAGCUACAUUCCUGCUGACAAAACUGGUUGUGCCGCAUAUGGAAAAACGAGGUGGGGGCUCAGUUGUCAUAGUGUCCUCGAUUGCUGGCUUUCAGCCUUUCCAGGCCCUGGGUCCCUACAGCGUUAGUAAAACAGCCUUGUUGGGCUUGACAAAGGCACUGGCACCUGAGCUGGCUCCUUUGAAUAUCCGUGUGAACUGUGUGGCACCAGGAUUGAUCAAAACAAAGUUCAGUGCUGCGCUGUGGAAAAAUGAAAGUGUCAAAGAGGAAUUUUUGAAGAAUUUAAGCAUUAAGAGGAUUGGUGAACCCAAGGAGAUUUCUGCAGUGAUCUCUUUCUUAUGUUCUGAUGAUGCCAGCUACAUAACUGGAGAGACCAUAGUUGCAGCUGGUGGAAUGAACGCACGAUUGUAGACUGAAGAUGACUUUUCAUCAGUUUGAUUUUGUAUUUUGUUCCUGAAACAUUAAUAAAGUAUAGACACUGUG